UAAACUGAAACGCCCUGUAUACUAUUAGCUGUUUUUUUUUCUUUCUGUGUUCGAUUAGUUCUGAGCAUUUCCUGUUAUUGGGUGUGUACAAGCCUGCUGGAAAAUAAACAUCUAUCUAUCUAUCGUCCCGAACAUCAGCUUCCUAGCUUGACAUGUUCAAAAAAUAAAUAAGGAUGAACCUUCCUGAAAAACACUGUAUACGAGUAUUGUCGGAAAAAUAAGUAUAAAAAAUUCGGUGCGUCGUGUCAAAUCGUUGUGGAGGGGGGCCCGGUGGUUCCUUUCUCUAUGCAAUCCGCUCUAUGCUCAGUUCGAGCCGGAGCGCUCUGUGGGUAAGUAGGAUUUACGUGUGCUUGUUGAGAGUAACCAUUUUUUUACCUGCCGUCGGCACGGUGCUCUCUCUGAUCGAGGAACAGCGCAUCAACAUCAAGUUCCUUGCAAAGCUAGGCAAGAAUGGUCGUGAGAUUUUUGAGUAUUUGGAACAAGUUUUCGGAGACAAUUCUCUGAAGGAACCAACUGUCAACAAGUGGUUGAAAAGGUUUCGGGAAUGUCGAGAACAUGUGAAAGAUGACCAACGCUCUGGUCGCCCCUCCACAUCGAGCUCUGAGAGAAAUGUUGAACGAAUUCAGGGCUGUCGAUUGACAGUUAGGAUGAUAGACCCUUACUACACGGAAGAAGACGAAGAAUACGUUCCAUCGUCCACUUCCCAAUCAGAUGCAAACGAAUCAUGACUCUGAUACCGCUGAAGUAGUUUCAAUAGAUGAGGCGCUUCAUAUCACUCCAGACAAAACAAUACAAAUGCUACGACGUCCGUCUGAAUGGAAGAUCAACCAAAUAAAACGCUCUAGAACUGCAGGGAAAGAGUAUGUGUCUAACAAUAAGGUGCAUAAAAAUAAGUCACUGUAACCCUAUCAGUAUACAUGUCGAUACAAAUGCAAUAUAAAUAUUGGUGAAGAAAAAAGGCGA